GGCGCGGACCAGAACCAACGGCUUCAGAACCGCGCGGCAGUGGACGCCAUACAGUCUGAUCUGUGAGAACCCACUGGGUUCGUGUUGAUUGUUGGUUUUGCGGGCGGAAGCUGCUUCAACUGUCCAGAUGGCUUCUGUUCUUCGAGUGGGUGUGCGGACAUCCGCGGGAAUAUUCGAUAGAGUGUUUUUGGGGCUCUCCGCUAGUGCAACAUUGCCACACUUCGCUGUAGCCGGAUCACUCAAUGGCAGUGUCUUAGAGGGAUCAACUGAGUUCUGGAGGCGAAAAAUGAUGGCGUUUCAUAGCUUAAUUGACCUGAAUAAUGAUGGUGUUGUUUCAUUUGAUGACUUUACCAUCUUGGCAGAUCGUUUCAUUAACUUGGGCCACUUAACACCAGCUCAAGAAGAGGACUUCAGAUCAGCUCUUAAAGUUGUCUGGGAAGAUCAGUGGGGUAAGGUGCACCCCUACAAUCUAGUCACUACUGAACAGUACCUUGAGAACAUGCAUCAUAUCAUUAAUGACAGAGAGCUGAGUCACAAGGCACAUCUCUUCUUGCCUCAUCUUUUUGAGGCUCUUGACAAGGAUAAGGAUGGACGCAUUACUGUUGAUGAGUUUAAAUUGUUUUUUGAAUGUCUUGGACGCACUGAGGAGGAUGCCAUCAUGAGCUACAAAAUAAUUGAUAUAAACGGAGACGGGCUGUUGAGUUUGAAAGAAUUUGUGCGGCUGGGAAGAGACUACUUUACAUUGGAUGAUGAAAGUCAUCCCAGCACUUUCUUUUGGGGCCCUCUGACCAUCCCUUGAAUGGGAACUUGUCAAAAUAAUUUGAAGUCUUUUUAUUGCAAGGAGCACUACCAAGAUGAAUGAGUGAGGUUAAUUGUCAAUUCGCAGGGUCCAAUCUUUUAUUAUAAGAGAAUUUUUACCACUGAAGGGGGUUCAGAGAUGACAUUUUUCAUACCACAUGAAAGGAAAAAAAAUAAAAAAGACACAUACGUAAGUCAGACUAAAUGUAUUUACUACUUGUACUAAAAUAUUUAUGUACAUUCCAAAAACUGUAGGAACUGACAUGUACCUCUUACAACUUAUGGAAAUAGUAUCACUUUGUAGUAUGUUGAGUAUCAUUAAGGUAGUGGAAUAAAAUGCAGAAGACUAGAAGUGUAAGUCAAAUAACUGUGUUGUGGAAGAAUACAGUUAACUACAGUUGUAAAAGAGUAUAUUCAACUAUUCAGAAUCAAGAUAAAACAACUGAAAAAAUAAGUAAAUACUGACCCUACAAAAGUUCAUAGACUGAUUUUGCAAAAUAGCUGUACCUAAUUACAAUGAUUUGUUGUUUACUAUGGGGAAUAGAUUGUAAAAAUUAACAAUAGAUACAUUUUUUUGAGAAUUGUUUUGAAAUUACAAACAGUACUAAAUUUGGGAAUUAAUUAACUUCAAAAGAUGCCUAUAAAAAUUAUUACAGAAAUGUAGUGGAUACACUAUGGGGUCCCAUUCAGAGAGAAUCCAACUAUACACUUUUCAUUAGAUCAGUUUCAGAAAUUACUGUCAUAGCUUGAUGCUUUGAUUAAUUCUUGUAUGAAAGUAUAAAUAUAAAAAUAAACAUGUUUUCAUUAAUACUCAAAGCUAAAUCUGAAAUCUCUAUAUAUAUAUGUGUGAAAUUCAAUCAAAUAUUUUGAAAGGUACCAAAUAGUUUAACUGUCAUGAGCAAUAAAAUUUUGCAACAUGUCAAGAUUUUUCAUUUUUAAAAAGUGUGAGUAAUCAAGGCUGAUUACUACUUGAUUUUGAUGAAUGAAUAAUGAUAUUUGAUGAAUACAUGGUACCAUAAGUGCUGAAUGCAGAUGUAUUCACAGCAAGUAAUAAAAGGAAACUUAUUUUAACACACACAAUGAUUAUUGGUUUUUAAAACUUUCAA